UGUGCCCGACGGGUACGGGGCAGAGCUGCCCCCGCCGUGCUGCGAUCCCUAUCAGCGCUUUGUUUUUGUGUUGCAACCGGAGGGGAAAGAAAAACACAAAAUCAGUGCCAACCCUUUCAGCUCCCACGAGCGAGGGCUGCGCGGCUUUUCCUCCCCCCACCUCCAACGUCCAUCUGUUGGAACCUUUCCCUGCUUUCCCCGCCAGGAAUACCGGCAGUGAAUUUGGGGUGAGGGCAGCCGGGUGGCUGCAGCAGGAGGAAGGUGAGGUUUUGGGGCACCUUUGGUACUGGCUGGGCUCAGCCCCAUUGCUGCUCCUCUGGGGACUGAGGAUCACUCCAUCUCACCGCUGCCAAACCCAUGCAAAUCCACCCGGCUCUGAUGUGAACGUGGCUGCAUGCAAACCACAUUGGGAAAGGCCGAGUCCCACACUCGUGGGGUGUACAGGAGUGGGAUGCAGACUUAAAGAGCAUCAGCUGCAGUUUGACCCCAAAGCUGGAGUUGUUUUGGAGGGAAACUGGAACAAACAAGACGAGGUCGUUAAGCUGGAACCAAUAAGAGAGCUGCCAUCAUCUAGUUUUGCUGGACUUUGGGGAAAAAGAAAUAAGGAAACAGUUUAUCUUUGGAAUAAAUAAAGCAUAAAGGAACAGGCGUGCAGGGAGCGCCCGCAGCCCCAUGGGCCGGGGCCCCUCUUCCCGUAUCUUACAGCCAUGGGAGUAGUGCCUGAAACCUGAGCACCAGGGAGAACCCCUGUGGCAAAACUCCGAGCAAAUCCCGUGGUGACCAAUGGCCCAGCAAGAUGGAGCGCAGUGCGUCCAUGGGGAUGAGCAAAUGGGCCCGAGUUUGUCCCAAACCCCAAAUCUGAGCGAAGCUGCACCGGCAGCUGCUGGCUCUGCAGCGUCCCUUUAAAUUUAGGGUUGAGGCUUUGAGUUGGGUUGUUUUUUUUUCAUUUUUAAUUGUUCCUGGGGGUUUAAUUCUAAAAUUAUUCUCCUGCUUCUGCUGUAGAAGCAGUGUGCUCUGACCACAAAUCCUUUUAAGGCUGAGCUGCACAAUGAGCCACGGCGUGCAAGAGAACCGGCACGGGAACCUCUGCUGGGAGCUCUGCUGGGCACAGAAGGCUGUAUGCCUGUCUGUCUGUCCAUCUGGCCACGCAGUCUUGUUUUGCCACAGCAGGGAAAAAAAAAAAAGCAGAGAAACUGUUUUUUUUUUCCGGUGGAGAUUUUCCCAGCACUGCCUGCCUCUCCCUCCCAGUAGAAAUGUGGGGCUGGGGCAGCGAUGCUGAGGAUGGAGGAGGUGGGAUGUGGAGAUGGCUCAUCCCUGUGAUGCCCCCAGGAAGAUGGAGGUCCAGCACCUCGCAUCCUCAUCCCCCCCUGUGUGCUGGUGGGGGGAGCUCGGCGCCCACUGCGGUGUCUCAGCACACUUCUCAGUUCCUGUUUGGCUCCCAUGGCGCUCUCCCUCUGCUGCGCCCACAUCCCAAAUUUGGGGAAAGGAGAAGCAUCGCGUGAGCCGCGCUAUCUCGUGCAUCUCCUGGGAAGCGCCUCGGGGUCGAGCAGGGUUUUGUUUAAAGAACAAAAAUAAACGCAGAGCGGUGCUGGUGGAGGUCACUGCGCUCCUUCCCUCCCCGGCCCAGCACCCAGCGCAUCACAGAUCCCCUUUUCCCGGAGGACUUUUGCCAAGUUGGCGUUUUUCUUGCUGCUGUCGGCAAAGUCCUGUCUGGCUGAGGAAUGGAUUGCCUCCUGCCCUGGGUCGCAGCCGCAGGCGUGUGGGAAUGGAGCUGGGUGUCCCUGCUGCGCCCCGUUUGGGGCCGUUCGCUGGCGCUGCACCCAUGGAUGUUUUAUGAUCUGCUGCAGCAGAGGCAUGGGAGGGCUGUAAGUUGGGGAAAAGCUGCAGAAAGUUGCCUGGCAACCCUCAUCCCACCUCUGCUCGCUGGGUACCGCGGGAUCUCGCAGGAUUUCGCUGCCUUUCCAAAACCGAGGGCUGCUGGAGCUGCAUGACCCUAAAUGAGGAUUGUCAUUUUGCUUGGCUUUCCCUCAUCUCCCUGCCUCCCUAAGCCCAUAGCUGUGUGGCUCAGGUGCAUGCACAGCUUUGCAGAGCGCAGCUUAGGGAUGCUGAUAACUGGGGGAGCUCUGGGUGCUCCCCAGCUCGUCCAAUGCUCUGGGUUCAGACUGGGAGCAGUGUGGGGAGUGGACAUGGAGUGCCCAGGUCAUUGUGGCAUGGAGAGCACAGCAGUACUCUGAUCUGAGUUGGACUAGGGAUGCUUUCAUUUUCCUACCGCUCCUUCCCCCAUUCUGUAGGUAUUAGAAAAAAAACAAAACUAAAAAAAAAAACCACACACAAAAAUAAAUAAAUAGAAAAGAGAAGCUCAGAGCAGCUCUUUCCUUCGGGUAAAACAUUAACGAGCUCUUGGAGCGAGCUGCUUCAUUUCCUUCAGGACAAAGUUGAUCUGACGUGGGGGUGAAGGAGCCUUCGUACAUGGGCGCAGCCGCUGGGCUAGAACGGCACAACGUGCCCAGCCCCAGCACUGCCUGGGCUCUCCCGGGUAAAGUCCGGCGGCGGUGUGACGAGGGCAGGGUGUGCACGCAGGAGGUGCGGUCCAUGCGCGUGGCCGUGCUGUGUUUGUUCCCGGUGGUGUUUGGGCUGUGCUGAGCUCGUAGCGCUGAGAUGUGACAUGGGCAGGAGAUGCUGUGUGCCUGCUUGCUCGUUUCUGUGCCCUGCUGGUUUCCUGUUGUUUCCCUUCUCCCUCCCCUCUGCCCAAAGCCCGGUGCGGUAUUUGCUUUAGGGAAUCUGUCUGCAGCAGGCGUGUUUGAACAGCUUCGCUGGAGGGCCAGGUAUUUAGUGUAUAUAUAAAAAAAGCCCUAAGCAAACAGGUUAAUGCCAGCUGCUUUGCGGGGAGGUCUCCUGUGUGGAGAUAUCCUAUGGUCUCUGUCCUCGGCAGGCAGCUAUGGGGUGCUGGGAUCCCUAUCCUCAUCUCCCCCAUGUCUCCCCAUCCUCCUGUCACAGUUUCAGUCCCUGUGGACGUUGGUGUCCCCGUGUGGCCACUCAGCUCCAUGCCUCCCUGUGGUGGUUUCUUAGCCAGGAUUUGCUUCUUGGCUGGGAGCUGAAGAUGCUGAGCUUCGAGGCAGCUGUUGAUAAAAGGGAAACUGAAAUAUAGUGGAAAAACACUGGGGGGAAAAGAACACAGUCUUGCUUGAAAACACAUGGUGGAGAUACCAAGUGACUUUGUAUUGCCUUCGCUUUACCCUGUGCUGCAUGUGCCUGGAGCACCCCCCCCCCAGCCCUUUGUCCUCAGCAGUCCCAGUCAGCUCUCUACACGUUUGGGGUUUCCUUUACUUCCUGCCAGCUCCUGGCUUGGCUCUGGGGAAGGAACAGAGCCCUUUGGUUUUCAGGUCACACCGGCUGCCCUGUUGCCUUCUUUGCACAUGGGUAACCUGGGGACCACCGAACUCUUGUGCCCAGCAGCCCCUCUGACCUUGGCUCUCUGUUCCAGAAGGUUCCGGGGCAGCCCAUCCCCAGCAGCAGCUGUGCCGGCUCCUCCAGCCAGGGGCUGCCCUUGCUGGGCACCAGGGAUUGAAGAUGUGUGGAGACGCGGUGCGGCUGCUGACCGCCCUGCUGGUGGCCGCGGCCAUGGGCUACCCCAACCGGCGCUCUGCCACCGACCUGGAUGCCACCCCCAGGAUGACAGUCACCUUUGACGAGCUGUCAGGUGUGCGGCGGUUCAGCGGGCACAGCCUGAACUACACCACACUGCUGCUGGAGGACGAGCGGGGUAUGCUGUAUGUGGGCGCCAGGGGGGCCAUCUUUGCUCUCAAUGCCAGCAAUGUGGCCGAUGGCUCGCACCGCAUGAUCCGUUGGGAAGCAUCUCCGGAAAAGCGGCUGGACUGCCUGCAGAAGGGCAGGAACAACAAGACCGAGUGCUUCAACCACGUGCGGCUCCUACAGAGGCUAAACACCACGCACCUCUACGCCUGUGGCACCUACGCCUUUCACCCGCUCUGUGCUUCCAUUGAUGCUGACAAGUUCACACUGCCCUCCCGCUUCGAGGAAGGCAAAGAGAAGUGUCCGUACGACCCCUCCCGUGGCUACACUGGCCUCAUUGUGGAUGGUGGAUUGUACACAGCCACACGCUAUGAGUUUCGGAGCCUCCCUGAUAUCCGGAGGAACCUGCACCAGCGGCCGCUGAAGACAGAGGAGUCUCCUCUGCACUGGCUGAAUGAUGCCGAGUUUGUGGCCUCCAUGCUGGUCCAGGAAAGCAAGGACAGUCCUGUGGGUGACGAUGACAAAAUCUAUUACUUCUUCAUGGAGCGAGCAGGCGAGGAGACCACAUCCUUCUUCGAUAAGAGCCAGGUGGCUCGGGUGGCCCGGGUGGCCCGUGUGUGCAAGAGUGAUCUGGGGGGAAAGAAGAUUCUGCAGCGCAAGUGGACGUCCUUCAUGAAGGCACGCCUGGUGUGCUACAUCCCCUACUAUGAGGUGCUGCGCAGCGUCUGCAGCCUGGACAGCGGUGGCUGGGCCAGCACCGUCUUCUACGCCGCCUUCACGCUCUCAGCGCAGUGGAGGACGAUGGAGGCCUCGGCUGUGUGCCGCUACGACAUCUCCGAGGUGCAGCGUGCCUUCGAGGGGCCCUACAUGGAGUACCAGGACUCCUCCCGCAAGUGGUCCCGCUACGAUGGAGCAGUGCCUGAACCUCGGCCGGGCUCUUGCAUCACAGACAGCUUCCGCCAAAGGGGCUACAACUCAUCACAGGACCUGCCAAACAGCGUGCUGGACUUUGUCAAGCUGCACCCGCUGAUGUUUGAGGAGGUGCAGCCGGCGGGUGGUGAGCCGCUGCUGGUAAAGAGAAGUGUGGCAUACAGCCGCCUGGCGGUGGACCGGGUACAAGCCCUCGAUGGGCGCUCCUACGACGUGCUCUUCAUGGGGACGGGGGACGGCUGGCUGCACAAGGCCGUAGUGCUGGGCUCCAGCCUCCACAUCAUCGAGGAGGUGCAGGUGUUCCAGGACCCGCAGCCCGUGGAGACGCUGGUGGUGUCCCGCAGACAGAGGAGCCUGUAUGUGGGGGCUGCUAGUGGAGUCCUGCAGGUGCCCCUGGCCUCCUGCGCCAGGUACAGCUCCUGCUAUGACUGCAUCCUCGCCCGGGACCCCUACUGCGCCUGGGAUGGCGGGGCCUGCCGUGACACAGCCAGCGGGGACAGCACAGGGCUGGUGCAGGAUGUGCAGAGUGGCAAUGUGGGAUGCCGGAGCGGCUCUGGGCGUGGCUCCCUGCCGUGGAAGAACCGCACGGUGCUGCGUGGGGAUGAUGUGCUGCUGCCCUGUGACCAGCGCUCCAAUUUGGCACGGGCUGUCUGGCUGCUGAAUGGCAGCGAGGUGCCAGGCACUGGGCAGGAGCAGCUGCGCGUUGGGGUGGAUGGGCUGCUGGUGACCAACACACUGCCAGGACACAGCGGCGAGUACCGCUGCUAUGGUGAGGAGCGUGGGCUGCGCACGCUGCUGGCUGCCUACAGCCUCACCGUGCUGCCCCAGCUGCCUCGUGCCACCAUCACCACCACCUCUGGGCCCAUAGCGGCCAGCCAGGCUUCUGGAGACACCAAGGUGGUCUAUGUGUCUGCUAUCGUGGUGCUGGUGGUGCUGUGUGCUGUGCUGGGUACCGUCCUGCUCUACGUGUCCUGCCUGGAGAAGCGCAGGGGGAAGUACGUGCUGGGGGAGCCGCGGGCUGUGAGUCCUGAGCUGCAGACGGUGUCGGCCAGCUGCCUGCGCAAGGCCCACGGGGAGGAUGAGGAGGAGGAGGAUGAGGAGGAUCUGGCUUAUCCCUGCCUGCGCAUCAUCCCUGGUGAAGCACCCACGGCCAUCGUGUCCCCAGCCAAGGAGCUGCCGGUGGCCGUGCCCCCCCCUCCGCCGCCACCGCUGCCCACCGAGCUCACCAACGGGGUGGGCUCCCUGCCCAGCGUCCUCCGCAAGAUGAACGGCAACAGCUACAUGCUGCUGCAGCAGCAGGACGAGCCGCUGGCCUCACCGCUCUACAGCGCGUCCUUCACCGAGGAGCUCAGCAAGAUCCUGGAGAAGCGGAAACACAUGCAGCUAGUGGAGAAGCUGGAUGAGAGUUCCGUGUAGGACCGGGGUCCCACCAGUCCUUUCUCCCACCCCUGCCAGCAGUGUUACAGACUCAGCAAAACUACCUCUGGGACCACAGCGCCGGGCUGGGCCCGGGCUCGGCCAUCCCUUUGGCUUUUCACUCACUUUUGAGACUUGAUGUACAGAAAAAAAAAAAAAACAAUGGGAAAAGAAAGGGAAAAAUCCCCCAAAGAAGAAUCUAUUUAAAUAUGGGAGCUCUAUUUAUGUAUAAAACCCACCGAUGGCGACCACAAGCUGGAGGCAGGAGCUGGAGCACAGCUGACGGUGGACAUGGGGAGGGAGGGCUUAUGUCCAUCUGUCCAUCCAGACAGGCAAGACCCUGCCCUGGAUGUGUGGACCUGGCCCACCCCAUUGGGCAUCCCCAGCCCUGGGUGCCCAGGCACUGAGAGGUGGGUGCAGAGCGGGACUGUGGGCUUGGGGCUGUGCUGCAGGGCCACCAGCUGCUGCCUGCUGCACAUCUGCUCCCCAGGGCUGCCUGCAGGACAGAUGCUCAGCGAGGGACAGCGAAGAAGAGGAUAGUUGUCCCCGUAAGUGGGAUGAAAUUGCCUGUGCCUGCCAUCAGCCCAGGGGUGCUGCUGGCAGCAGGACUGCUCUCCGUGCGUGAGGGCCAUGCACGCCAGUUGGCUUGUCUGCAUCUUCGCCAUGCAGUGUGGGACUGGACCAGCAUCCUCUCGGCAUCCUUGCCCUGCAGAGUGGACACGAUGCACUUUUGCAUCCUCAUGCAUUGCCAGCAGAUGCUGGGAUCUUGGCCACUGCCCCCAUGCCACGGACUGUCCCCUCGCAUGCUGAGGAGCCCUGCCCCAGGCUUUCUUCCUGUGGGGCCUCCAGCUCCCUGUGGCCCUGCUGGCCCUAACUCUCUCCACCCUCAUCUACCUCUGCUCCCUCACCCUGGGAACAAGAGGGGCACCCCAGCUCUGUCCCUCCAUGUCCCCCUCUGUCACCCCCUGGACUGAGGGCAUUGCCCAGAGCGCAGCCCCCUCCCCACCGGGCAUUCUCUUCCUUCUCUGGGGUGGACGAGCUACCCCAAGGGCACAUCGCAUUCCCCCGGUACGGCCCCAGGGCAAUAAAGGCGACGGCUCUGCGUGGAAGCA